CAGAGUGUGUUUUUAGACGGGCGGUGGGUGGAGAUCUGGUGUGGAACAUAAAUUGUGAGGAAGAGGAGGAGGAAGAUUCCAGACAAUGAGUUGUAGGCUUAUCUCAGAAGCUCUUUGAUUGAACAGAACCGUUCACUCGAGGGAAAGCAGACCAUAUCAAGUUCACCAAGACCACAACUACUAGAGAAGACACUUCAAGAGAAGACGUGCCAAUAGAUAAAAGUUAUGGUGCACAUCUGCAGGCUGCUUGUACUGAUGGGGAUGUUGCUGUGUUUAAGUGCCCAGUUCGCCAGCUCUCAGCACUGGUCUCAUGGCUGGUACCCUGGAGGAAAGCGAGAGAUAGACAUUUACGAUACAUCAGAGGUUUCAGAGGAAAUUAAACUCUGUGAGGAAGGAAAAUGCAGCUAUCUGAGACCCCAGGGAAGAAACAUUCUGAAGACAAUACUGCUGGAUGCCCUCAUACGGGAUUUCCAAAAGAGAAAGUGACACCAAGAUGACUCAUCAGCCCUUGUCCAAAGAAACAAGCUUUCCAACAAACACAUUAGACCUGCUUUUACAUUCAAAUAUAUUAAUAUAAAUAUUUUUUUUCUGUGAUUUUAAUUUAAUUUUUGAUGUUGUACAUUUUGUUCUGUUUGUGAGUAAACCUACUGCUGGCAUUAUGUAACCAUUUGCUGCAGUUCCUACAAUAAAGGCUUUAUUUUGGUAUUUUGUU